AUGGCCAUCAUAGUGUUGGGUUUUGUCCUUCUCUUGCUUCACUGCUUGUCUUGUGAGAGGCUCCAGGAGAGCCCCAGUCCAUCAACCUUGCACUUCACCCACCCCAUGUACAAUGCCACCAUCUAUGAGAACUCAGCUCCCAAGACCUACGUGGAAAGUCUUGGCAAGAUGGGCAUCUACUUGGCAGAGCCCCAGAUGGUGGUGAGAUACCGCAUCAUAUCAGGAGAUCUGGCUAAUGUAUUCAAAACGGAGGAGCAUGUGGUAGGCAGUUUCUGCUUUCUGAGGAUAAGGACCAAAAGUGGCAACACAGCAAUUCUGAACCGGGAGGUAUGUGACAGCUACACACUUGUCAUUCAAGCUACAGAACAGACUUUGGGGUAUGAAGCUUCGACUCAUGUGCUGAUCCGCAUCUUAGAUCAAAAUGACUUAAAGCCAUUGUUCUCUCCCCCAUCCUAUAAAGUUGCCAUCCCUGAAGACACCCCUCUCAAAAGUGCCAUCUGCAUGGUAAGCGCUACUGAUGCUGACCUUGGCCAGAAUGCCGACUUCUAUUAUGCCUUCAAUACCCGAUCAGAACUAUUCACAGUCCAUCCCACCAGUGGUGUAGUGACAGUGACUCGAAAACUUAAUGCCACCUGGAAGGGGAGGCAUGAACUUCAGGUGCUGGCUGUGGACCGCAUGCGUAAGAUCUCUGAGGGCAAUGGAUUUGGCAACCUGGCUUCUCUGGUCAUCCAGGUAGAUCCGUGUCCCAAGAAGCCACCAGCUAUUUCUUCAGUAGUGGUGACACCACAGGAUGACACUGAGGACAAUUCCUAUGCCACACUCAUGGUGGAUGCAAAUGGUUCAGAGGCUGGGGUUGAAGUAGUGAACAUUGUAGAUGGAGACCCAGGGAAGCAUUUCAAAGUUAUCAAAUCAUAUGUUGGGAGCAACAAGUUUACAUUAGUAUCCAUCAAAGACAUUGAUUGGUUGGAAUAUCGCCAUGGAUUCAACCUUAGUCUACAGGCCAAAGGUGGAGGAAAACCACCUUUGUAUUCCCAGAUCAGAGGCAUCCACUUACCUCCUUCCAAAAUAGCCUCAGCCAGGUUUGAGAAGGCCAUUUACAGAGUCCAGCUCAGUGAAGUUUCUCCUCCAGGAAGUCGUGUUGUAGUGGUUAAAGUCACCCCAACCUUCCCAAGUCUGCAGUACAUUCUGAAGUCUACCUCAGAGAGCUCAGGGUUCAAGAUAAAUUCUCGAACUGGGCUUAUAACCACCACAAGGUUAAUGGAUUUCCAUGAUCGAGCCAGAUAUCAGCUACACGUUGGAACCACUUUGGGCCAGGCUUCCACUACUGUGAUCAUUGAUAUCAUUGACUGUAACAAUCAUGCCCCUGUCUUUUCUCAAUCUUCUUACCAUGGCACAUUUGAUGAAAAUCUUCCUCCUGGGACCAGCGUCCUAACUGUUACUGCCACAGACCAAGACCAUGGGGAGAAUAGCUUUGUUACCUAUUCUAUCACUAGCCCAAGAACUGUCCCUUUCACCAUAGACCCCUAUUUGGGUGUUAUCUCCACUUCCAAACUGAUGGACUAUGAGCUCAUGCAAAGGCUUUAUACCUUCCGGGUCUGGGCAUCAGACUGGGGAUCCCCAUUCCGCCGGGAGAGUGAAGUUUCCAUCUCACUCAUGCUCAACAAUCUAAAUGACAACCAACCAAUGUUUGAGAAUGCCAACUGCAAUGGUACUGUCCCUUGGGACCUACGGGUGGGAGAGACAGUAGUGACCCUCUCAGCCAUAGACAUGGAUGAGCUUCUGAACCUGAGGUAUGAGAUUGUGUCUGGCAAUGAGUUGGAGUAUUUUGACCUGAACCAUUUCUCUGGAGUGGUUUCCCUCAAACGUUCCUUUAAGAGCCUUCCUCCUGGUCAGCAUUAUUCCUUGGAAAUCACUGCCUCAGAUGGGGAUAACUAUGCCUUGCCUACAUCUUUGAAUGUCACUGUAGUGGCCUCAGGCUCUCCAGUUCACGUGCAAUGUGAAGAAACAGGAGUGCUGAAGCAUCUCACAGAGACCAUCAUCCACUCUGUUGGGUCUCAGAUCCAGGAACCUAGUUCUGAGGAGUUCACCUCCUUAAGCACAUAUCACAUCAACCACUAUACCCCUCAGUUUGAGGACCACUUCCCUCAGUCCAUUGACAUCUUGGAGGGCGUCCCCAUCAAUACCACUGUUGCACACCUGGCUGCUUCUGACCUUGACACUGGAUUCAAUGGAAAACUGGUCUACGUCCUUGCGGGGGGCAAUGAAGAGAGCCGUUUUGAUGUUGAAUUGGAGACAGGACUGCUUAAGGUGGCUGCUCCCUUGGAUCAUGAGGCCACCAGUUUCUAUAUCCUCAAUGUGACUGUGUAUGACCUCGGCACUCCCCAGAAAUCAUCCUGGAAGCAGCUGGCAGUGAAUGUUGGGGAUGAGAAUGAUAACACUCCAAGAUUCCCCCCUGGUGGAUAUCAGGUAGAGAUCCGAGAGGAUACUGAAGUGGGGACCACAAUCGCCCAGAUGAAAGCAGAGGAUGCUGACACAGAUGACAAUGGGAGAGUCUGCUAUACCCUGCUGAGCCCAACAGAUAAAUUUUCCCUUCAUGCCCUCAGUGGUGAGGUGGUGGUCACAGGGCCUUUGGAUAGGGAAUUACAGCCUCAGUAUGUGCUCAAGGUAGAGGCACGAGACCAGGCAAAGGUGGGUCAUCAGCUCUUUUCUAUCACAAACCUAGUAGUAACACUAAGUGAUGUCAAUGACAAUACUCCACAAUGCAUCCCAGAACUGAGUCAAGUGAAAGUCCCUGAAGAUUUACCCCUGGGGACUGUCCUGACCUUUCUGGAGGCCUUUGACCCAGACAUUGGCCCUGGGGGAGAGGUGAAGUAUACACUGAUGGAUGAUGCUCAGGGAACUUUUGGACUGGAUCCAUUAACAGGAGCAUUGAGCCUGGAGCGGGAGCUAGACUUUGAAAAGAAGACCUGGUAUAAUUUGAGCCUGUGGGCUAGUGAUGGUGGGAAGCCCAUGGCCCGUGGGGCCUCCUGCCACGUGCAAGUAACAGUUCUGGAUGUGAAUGAGAACUUGCAUCCUCCUCGCUUUGCCUCCUUUGUAUACCAGGGCCAGGUGGAAGAGAACAGUCUCCCAGGGACACUAGUCAUAUCAGUCACCGCCCAGGAUGCUGACGUUGGCCAGGAUGGGGUAAUCCAGUACUUCUUGCGAGAUGGUACUGACCUUGCCACUUUCAGCAUUGAUCGGGACACAGGGAUGAUCCAGACCAUGAUGCCUCUGGACCGAGAGUUCACCUCAUACUACUGGCUGACGGUAUUGGCUGUGGAUCAGGGGUCUGUGCCCCUCUCCUCUGUGACUGAAGUCUAUAUUGAAGUCAUGGAUACUAAUGACAACCCGCCCCAGAUGUCAAGGCCUGUCUACUACCCUUCAGUCAAAGAAGAUGCUCCUAUGAAUACUUCUGUCCUUCAACUGGAUGCCUGGGACCCAGACACUGUCUCCAAAGGGAAGCUGACAUUCCAUAUCAUCAGUGGAAAUAAUUUAGGAUUCUUCAUCAUUAAUUCUCUUACAGGUCUCCUCUCCACAGCUCGGCAGCUGGAUCGUGAGAACAAGGCUGAACAUAUCCUCGAGGUGGCUGUACAAGACAAUGGCAAACCAAGCCUGCAGUCCACUUCCAGAGUAGUAGUGCGUAUCUUGGAUGUCAAUGACAACUCACCCACUUUCUCCCACAAACGCUUCAAAAUCCGUCUCCCAGAGCGGCAAGCCUCCACUGUACCAGGGCCUGUAUACAGACUUGUGGCUUCAGACCGUGAUGAAGGCCCCAAUGGCCAGGUGACCUAUAGCAUUGAGGAGAAUGACGAAGAGGCCUUCACCAUUGACCCUGAGACAGGUGUGGUGUCUACCAGUGUCAACUUCCCUGCUGGCGUGUACAACAUCCUCACGAUCCAGGCAGUAGACCAUGGGCAGCCCUCACGCUUCUCCAGCGUCAGACUGCAUAUAGAGUGGAUUCCUCGGCCCAGCCCUUCGGGAAAGCUGUGGGCCUUUGAUGAGCCCCACUACAACUUUGCUGCCAUGGAGACUGACCCUGUGAACCACAUGGUGGGCAUGGUCAGUGUUGAGGACCCACCUGGCCUGCUGUGGUUCAACAUCUCUGGUGGUGACGAGGACAUGGACUUUGACAUUGAGAUGACCACAGGCAGCAUGGUCAUCGCCAGGCGCCUGGACUCCAGGAGGAAGGCGAGCUAUAACCUGACAGUGGAGGUGACGGAUGGCUCCCGCAGGGUCACCACCCAGCUUCACAAUUUCAUGUAAUCAAACAUCAACCAGCAUCGACCCCAGUUCGUGGAAGCUCAGUAUGAGGUGAAGGUACCCCAAGACACUCCCCCUGGGUUAGAGCUCCUCCGAGUCCAGGCCACAGACCAAGACAAAGGCAAGAGCCUCGUCUACACAAUCCAGGGAAGUGUGGACACCCGCAGUACCAAGCUUUUCCAGCUUGAUCCAAGCAGUGGUUCGCUGGUGACUGUGGGAAAACUGGACCUGGGCUCGGGGUUUAGCCGCCACGUCCUGACUGUCAUGGUUCGGGAUCAGGAAAUACCUAUCAAGAGGAAUUUUGUAUGGGUGACUAUCCAAAUAGAAGAUUGUAACCUCCACCCACCUAGCUUCACCCAGCUCCACUAUGAGACAGCUACGUCCAACAAAGCCGUCCUGGGCACAGAGCUGUUGCAGGUCAGAGCCCUGGAUGUCGACCGAGGAUUUAACGGCCAAGUUCAGUACUCUCUCCAGGCAGGGAAGAGUGAAAGUUUCUUCAGCAUUGACCCCCACCUGGGAAUCAUCACAGUGACUCAAAAACUUGACCUGAUGCCUCAGGACCGAUACAUGCUAACAGUGAAGGCUGAAGACCAAGGGUCACCCCCACUGCAUGACAUGGCCACAGUGACAAUUCACAUCCACCCCUCUGACCACAGUGCCCCCGUCUUCUCCAUGGCUGAGUAUUUUGCAGAGAUCCCUGAAUCUGUCGCCAUCGGCUCUCCUCUCCUCUUAGUCUCAGCUGUGAGUACCUCGGAAGUCACCUAUGAGAUGAGAGAAGGAAACAAAGAUGGUGUGUUUUCCAUAAACUCCUAUUCUGGCCUUAUUUCUACGCAGAAGAAUCUGGACCAUGAAAAGGUCUCCUCUUACCAGCUAAAAAUCCGUGGCAGCACCAUGGCCGGGGCCUUUGCUGAUGUCAUGGUUCUUGUGUACAUAAUUGAUGAGAACGACAAUGCUCCUGUUUUCACAAAUUCUUCUUUUGUAGGCCAGAUCAGUGAAGCUGCUCCAAUCCACAGCAUGGUUCUGGGUGAAUACAAUCACCCUCUCGUGAUUCGUGCAACUGAUGCUGACACAGACGCCAAUGCCUUGUUGGUCUAUGAGAUUCUAGAGCGGGAAGCCUUAAAGUUUUUCAAAAUCGACCCAAGCAUGGGGACCCUCACCACUGUGACGGAGAUGGAUUAUGAGCAUAUUCCCUCUUUCAGCUUCAGCAUCCAUGUCCAUGACCAAGGAAACCCCAUCUUAUUUGCCUCCAAGCCUGCCAGGGUCACAAUCCAUGUUAAAGAUGUGAAUGAUUCUCCUCCAGUGUUUUCAAAGGAUAUGUAUGAGGUGAAGGUCUUGUUGCCAGUCCAUCCGGGGAUGGAGCUCCUUCAAGUGCAGGCCAUUGAUGCCGACUCAGAGGUGACUUAUAGCAUCAUUGCUGGAAAUACCAAUGAUGCUGUCUUCAUUCACCCAGUCACCGGUCUCAUCUCUGUGGUAGACGUGGCUCUUCUGAGUCAUUCUUGUGACCUCACUGUGAAGGCUUUUGAUGGCUUACACUAUGAUACCUCAGUGGUGAAAAUUAACCUGACCGAAGCUCCUGUUAGCACAUUAAAAUUUGACCAUGAUGUCUAUACAGUAACUGUGAAAGAGAACUCCUGGGACACACAGGCUUUGAUCAUUCUGGGGGUUCAGGGCAGUCAGCUGAAUGAUACCCUCUCUUACUCUGUCUUGAAUGGAACAGACAUGUUCCAAAUGAUCCAGUCGGUGGGUGUGCUUCAAACAAGGGGUGUGGCAUUUGACCGUGAGCAGCAGGAUACUUAUGAAGUGGCUGUGGAAGUGAGGGAUGAUCGACACCCCCCAAGGGUGGCCCAAGCUACAGUUAGGGUCUCCAUCGAAGAUGUCAAUGACAAUCCCCCUGAGUUCAAGCAUUUACCAUAUUAUACAGCUAUUCAAGAUGGUACAGAACCAGGGGAUGUCCUUUUCCAAGUGUCUGCCACAGACCUGGAUAUGGGAGCCAACGGGGAUAUCACAUAUGCAUUUGCAGAGGAUUAUGUGUAUUUCUGGAUUGAUCCCUAUCUUGGAGACAUUUCACUCAAGAAACCUUUUGAUUAUCGAGCCUUAAAUAAAUAUAAUCUGAGAGUCAUUGCUCGAGAUGGAGGUAGCCCAUCCCUACAGGCUGAGGAACAUGUGCUUGUCACAGUGAGGAAUAAGUCCAACCCACUGUUCCAGAGUCUUCAUUAUAAAGUCCAAGUACCUGAGAAUAUUGCACUCUAUACUCCCAUCCUUCAUACUCAGGCUCGGAGCCCAGAGGGACUACGGCUGAUCUAUAACAUCAUGGAAGAAGAAUCGUUGGCACUGUUUACUGCUGACUUCAAGACUGGUGUUCUGACUGUGACAGGUCCAUUGGAUUAUGAAUCCCAGACCAAGCACGUAUUUACUGUUAGAGCCACUGAUACAGCUCUGGGGUCCUUCUCUGAAGCUACAGUGGAAGUCCAGGUAGAAGACAUCAAUGACAACCCUCCUGUUUUCUCCCAGUUGGUCUACACUGCUUUGGUCUCAGAGGGCUUGCCUGCUCAGACCCCUGUGAUCCAACUAUUGGCUUCUGACCGGGACUCUGGUAGGAACAAGGAUGUCUCUUACUGGAUCAUGGAGGAUGACUCUGAGGAUUCCUCAUUCUUCCAGAUUGAUGAAAGCACAGGGGAGAUGUCCACAGCUCAGGAGCUGGAUUAUGAAACCCAGCAGCAGUUCCAUGUGAAGGUAAGAGCUGUGGAUAAUGGGGUACCCCCACUCAGUGCAGAAACCCUCGUCAUUGUCAAUGUAUCAGAUGUCAAUGACAACCCACCUGCUUUCAGGCAACCUCAAUAUGAGGCCAACAUAAGUGAGCUGGCAACCUGUGGACACCUGGUGAUCAAAGUUCAGGCUCUGGACCCUGACAGUGGGGACACCCCGAGACUGGAGUAUCUGAUUCUCUCAGGCAAUGAGGACCGGCAUUUUAUCAUCAACCGUACGUCUGGAAUUAUUUCCAUGUUCAACUUCUGCAGAAAGCACCUCGAUCCUGCUUACCGCCUGAGGGUAGCUGCUUCAGAUGGGGUCUUCAGGACUGCUGUACCAGUGUAUAUCAACACUACAAAUGCCAACAAGUACAGCCCAGAGUUUCAUCAGCACAUCUAUGAGGUUGAAUUAGCAGAAAAUGCUGAGAUAGGAACUAAGGUGAUCGAGCUAUUGGCUGUUGACCCAGAUGACGGGCCCUAUGGCACCAUAGAUUACACCAUCAUCAACAAACUGGCUAGUGAAAAGUUCUCUAUCAACUCCAGGGGCCAGAUAACUACCCUUCAGAAACUGGAUCGAGAAAACCCAACAGAAAAACUCAUGCCCAUUAAGGUCAUGGCCCGGGAUGGUGGGGGCAGAGUGGCUUUCUGCUCUGUGAAGACUAUCCUCACAGAUGAAAAUGAUAACCCACCACAGUUCAAGGCCUCUGAUUAUACUGUGUCCAUCCAGUCCAAUGUCAGCAAGGGCUCCCCAGUCAUCCAGGUGCUGGCAUAUGAUGCAGAUGAAGGUGCCAAUGCAGAUGUCACCUACUCGGUAGACUCAAUGGAGGACUUGGCUGAGGAAGUCAUUGAGGUCAAUUCAGCCACUGGUGUAGUCAAGGUCAAAGAGAGCCUGGUUGGCUUGGAAAAUCAGGCAUUUAACUUUAAAAUCAAAGCCCAAGAUGGUGGACCUCCUCACUGGAACUCUCUUAUCCCAGUAAGACUUCAAGUGGUCCCUAAUGAAGUAACUUUGCCCAAAUUUUCUGAGCCUUCAUAUACUUUCUCAGUAUCUGAAGAUCUUCCUGAGGGGUCUGAGGUUGGGUUAGUUAAAGCAGUUGCUGAAGAUCCUAUCAUCUACAGUCUGGUGAAAGGUACAACCCCUGAAAGUAAUAAAGAUGGGGUCUUCUCCUUGGACCAGGAAACAGGGGCUCUGAAGGUGAGGAAGCCUAUUGAUUAUGAGACAACAAAAUGGUACCAGAUUGAUGUGAUGGCUAAUUGUUCCCACAAGGACACUGGCUUAAUCACCUUGGCGUCUGUCAACAUCCAAGUAAAAGAUGUCAAUGAUAAUAAGCCUGUCUUUGAAGCUGAUCCAUAUAAAGCCUUCCUCACAGAGAACAUGCCAGUGGGAACCACAGUCAUACAAGUUACUGCCAAUGACCAGGACACAGGUGUUAAUGGCGAGGUAACAUAUAGCCUGGCUAUUGAACAGGGAAAUGCUGCUGCUGAACUCUUUGCCAUCAACAGUGAGAAUGGCUGGAUUACCACACUCCGGGAACUGGACUGUGAAGUGCAAGAGACCUAUAGAUUUUAUGUGGUGGCCUCAGAUCAUGGCCGGGCCAUUCAGCUGUCUUCCCAAGCCUUGGUGGAAGUCACUGUCACAGAUGAGAAUGACAAUGCGCCCCAGUUUGCCUCUGAGGUCUACAGAGGGUCUGUGGUUGAGAAUGGUGACCCUGGAGAACAUGUGGUCACCCUAAGGACCCUGGAUGCAGAUAUUUCAGAGCAGAACAGGCAGGUCACCUGUUACAUCACAGAGGGAGAUCCACUGGGCCAGUUUGGCAUUAGCCGAAAUGGGGAUGAGUGGAAGAUCUCCACCAAGAAGGCCCUGGAUCGGGAACACAUUGCCAAGUAUCUGCUCAAGGUGACCGCAUCCGAUGGCAAGUUUCAGGCCUCCACCCCCGUGGAGGUGUUUGUCCUAGACAUUAAUGACAACAGCCCCCAGUGCACACAGAUUCUCUACUCUAGCAAAGUUCCAGAAGACAUGCUCCCAGGACACUUUAUUUUGCAAGUGACUGCGACAGACCUGGAUACUGGUGUUAAUGCCCAGGUCACAUAUUCUCUUCAUGGUCCUGGUGCUGAUGAGUUCAAGCUGGAUCCUUAUACAGGGGAGCUGACCACCCUAAUGCCUCUGGACCGUGAGGAGAAGGAUGUGUACCACCUGGUAGCCAAGGCCACAGAUGGAGGAGGGCGGUCGUGUCAAGCAGACGUGACCAUCCGAGUAGAGGAUGUGAAUGACAAUGCACCCAGGUUCUUCCCCAACCAUUGCUCUGUGGCUGUCUUUGACAACACGACUGUGAAGACGCCUGUAGCUGUUGUUUUUGCCCGGGAUCCAGAUGAAGGUGUUAAUGCCCAGGUGUCCUAUUCCCUAGUGGGCUCAGCUGAUGGUCACUUUUCCAUAGAGGCCACCACAGGGGUGAUUCGCCUGGAGAAGCCACUGAGGGCAAGGCAACAGGAGGUCCUAGAACUAACAGUUAGGGCUUCAGAUCAGGGGGCCCCAACCCCACUGUCCACACUGGGCACAGUUACAGUGUCUGUGGUGGACCUGGCUGACUACUUGCCUGUGUUCUUGAGCACCGAGCACAGCGUGCAAGUCCCUGAAGAUGCCCGCCCAGGCACCGAGGUCCUCCGGUUGGGCCCACUAACCCGUGAAGGUGCUGAGAAGACAGGUUACCAGAUUGUCAGCGGGAAUGAGCGGGAGAAAUUCUGGCUGGACUACCAUACAGGGAUUCUGUAUGUCAAUGGGAGCCUGGACUUUGAAACUGGUCCAGAGUACUACCUGUCCAUCGAGUGCAUCCGAAAGAGAUCUCCCUCCCUCAAUGAUGGGACCAUGGUUGCAGUCAACAUUACUGAUGUCAAUGAUCAUCCACCCAAGUUUCCCCAGGAUCUGUAUAGUGUAGAAGUUAAGGAAGAUGCUGCUGUGGGAGAGACCAUCCUCACGGUAUCAGCAACUGAUGGGGAUGGCCCCCUAAACAGUGCCAUUACCUACAGCCUGGUGGCAGGGAACCAAUUGGGCCACUUUACCAUCCAUCCUAAGAAGGGGGCUCUCCAAAUUGCCAAGCAUCUGGACUGGGAGGAGACUUCUAGCUACUCCCUGACACUUCGAGCCACAGACAGUGGGCAGCCGGCGCUGUACCAGGAUGUGGAAGUGGACGUGCAGGUGGCUGAUGUCAAUGAUAACCCCCCGCGCUUCUUCCAGCUCAACUACAGCAUCGUGGUCCAGGAGAAUGCUCCACUUGGCAGCAGAGUUCUGGAGCUGAUCAUGAGUGACCGAGACUCCCCAAAGAAUGGGCCACCAUACUCAUUCCGUAUCAUUGAGGGCAAUGAUGGUUCUGCCUUCCGGGUCACAGAGGAUGGUUGGCUAGUGACAGCAGCAGCUUUGAACCGGAGAUUCAAAGAGCAGUAUCUGCUUCAGAUCCAGGUAUCAGACAGUGGAGUUCCUCCCCUUUCUUCUUCAACUUUUGUCAAUGCCCAAGUCACAGAGCAGAGCCAGUACCCGCCUUCUGCCCUCCCACUAGAGAUCUUCAUCACCACAGGGGAGCAGACAUUUCAGGGAGGCGUGGUAGGGAAGAUCCAUGCCACUGACCGGGAUCCCCGUGACACUCUAACAUAUAGGCUAACAGAGAAAAAGCCCACCCGCGGCUACUUUUCAGUGGGUAUUGCUGAUGGCAAGAUCAUUGCCAAUGAGGGGCUGCCCCAUGGCCAUUACAUCCUCAACAUCAACGUCAGUGAUGGGACCUUUGUGGCCUUGGCCGGAGUCCAUGUCCAUGUGUGGCAUGCAGCCCCAGAAGCCCAGGCACAUGCUGUCCUACUGCAGUUCCGUCAUCUUUCUCCAGAGGAGUUUGUGGGUGACCAUUGGCGCAACCUCCAGAGGUUCCUGGGCAGUACCCUGGGUUUUGAGCGACAGCACAUCUACCCUGUGAGUCUGCAACCUGCAGAGGAGGCAGUGGGAAUAGACCUCCUCCUCGCCUUUGAGGAUGCCCUCGGCUCUUUCCAUGAGCCCCGAAGUCUUGCAGACUCCAUCGCCCGCCGGGCCAGAGAGAUGGAGCACUCUGUGGGAAUCCACAUGACCAAAGUGGCUCCUGUGGUGCUAUGUCAGGGCCCAGGCUGCCAGGAACACAGCUGCACAGAGACCCUCCAACUGGACUCAGGAGCUGUGUCCACCUACAGCACAGCCAGGAUUAGCAUCUUGACCCCUAAGUACAGCCUGAGACUGAACUGCUCUUGCAAUGACACAGCUGCCAGGUUUGGCGGUCAGAGCUCGGUGCAUUACCAACACCCCUUUGCCCAGGACUGGCGUAUCCGUUUCCAGCUGAAAACCCAGCAGCCUCAUGUGUCACUGCUCUUCCUCAACUGGUCCACAGUGGCCUUCCUCGAGCUGGCUGAUGGGAUGCCGCGUCUGGAGUACCACUGUCUGGGUGGUUUCCAAGGAAACCUUUCUUCCAUGUACUUUGUGAGUGACCGAGAGUGGCAUUUAGUUCUGUUGGAAGUGACAGAGAUGUCUAUCCAUCUUCAGAUUGAUAACAAGGGUAAUGCUUCCACUGUACUCCCAGAGCAUUGCGGGAGCCCUCAGGUUGGAGGAGACCUUUUUCUGGGUGGCCAGAUCCAUCCUCACCUGCCUCAGCAGACUUCCAGAGCCUUUCGAGGGUGUGUGAAAGAUGUCACAGUCAACAGAGAAGAAGUGGAGCUGCUGUCUAGUACCCAGAAGAAGAGAGCAGGCUUUCUGAAGGGGGUGGCUCUCACCCAGUGCUGCCCCCAGAGCAGCAUCUGCAGUCAGAACCUGUGCCUUAAUGGUGGCCAAUGCUCGGAGACCUCCAGAGGAGGCUACGAGUGCAUAUGUCCAGCAUCUUUCUUCGGGGAUCACUGUGAGCUGGGUGGAGGGAGCUGUGAAUCCAGACCCUGUCUGAAUGGGGGACACUGUCUCCCCAAGCCUGGAGGAGCCUCUUGCAAUUGCCCCUAUCCAUAUACAGGAGACAGGUGUGAGGAGAUGGCUGAGUGCCCAAAUGGGCCCUGUGAGACCACAACGCAGAGCACAGCACACCAAGAGUGGGGCUACGGACAGCAAGAGAUUAAGAUAAUAGCAGUUGGAGUAGCCUGCACGGUGCUCGUCAUCAUCAUCUUCAUGGGCCUCUGCUACUACUGCCACCCAGAUAAGACCCACAGGCCUGUGGCCAAGGAUGACCCUGACCUCUUUGCCAAGAGUGUUGGGGUGGACACUCAGACCAUGCCUAUUGAGCUCAAUCCUCUGGACACUGGCUCCCACAACAACCUGGAUUGUGUGGGGCCUGAAUCACACAAGGCUUCAGUGACGCCCGAGUUCCUCACGUUCGGGCCUGGCCCCGGCCAGCGGCGUAGCAUGAUUGUCUGCAGCGUGGCCCCCAACCUCCCACCUGCGGCACCCCCUUCCAACUCAGACAAUGAGUCCGUCAUUAAGAGCACCUGGGCUGGAGAAGAGAUGGUGUACCCAGCAGAGACCACCUUCUGGACCCCUACAUAUGUACCAGCUGAGCUUCAGGAGUAUCCCCGAUAUGAGGUGAUCCAGGCCCCACUGCCAGCUUCAACCCACCGUGGUCCACCUCCCCUUGUGGAACCUGAGCCAUCUACCCUAUAUGGAGGCUUCCCCUUUCCACUGGAGUCAACCAAUAAGCGGGCCCCCAUCCCACCCCGAUACAGCAACCAAAACCUGGAGGACUUCCUGCCCCUGCCGCCCCCCAGCCCAGACCCAAGGGAACGUCCACGUAGUCCCUGCCCCAAUGAAUACACAGCCAUUAGCUACUACCCCUCUCACCUGCUGCAGCCCGGGGGCCCCCUCUAUCCCACUGAGGGGGCCUACAAACGGGUGAGUGUACGGCUCAGCGUGGCCCAACCCUCCUAUGCAGACUGUGAGGUGGUACCCUGCCCACCAGGUCGCCCACUGCAUUACGAGGGAUCAGACAUGGUGGAGAGUGAUUAUGGCAGCUGUGAGGAGGUCAUGUUUUAGUUGCAGGGCCACAGAGGAGGACAAGAGCAGGACGGGAAGGGAGAAAGGGACUUGCCCCUUUGGACACCUUCCUUCCUCUCAAGGGAGAGCAUGGGAGAGAAGUCUUCAUGCCCCUCCUCCUCCUGACAACAUCCAAACAGCUCUUUAGGUGCCACAGCAUUUCCCCCGGGAGUGUGGGUGGCCCUGUGGGUACUAUGUCUUACAGCUCCAGAGACGGACCCAGCCCCUGGAUAACCAGGAGAGCACAGACCAGUUGCCUAGGAAGGCUUUGCCUGGGUUGGAGAAACUGGUCUCGAAUUCAAGCUGAGGCGGCAAGGCUUUUGUCCAGUUUUUUUCCUCAGUCCUUAAGGCAGACAGGAUUGGCCCUGAGUCUCCAGUUUAGCUCAUAGCCCUAACAGUAUCAUUCCUCCAGGGCUAUGGUGAAGGGCAUUGAGAAACCAGGUGCCCAGAGAGACUUGCAAAUACUACUCUCCAAGGAUAGGGUUGGCCCUGGGGGGCACGGCAACAGCUGCCCAGGAGCUUCGAUAGCCUACCACUCCCUGGGCCCACAGACCCCAAACCAUACGGUUGAUAUGAAAACUUGUCCUGCCUUUCUGGCUUGCGGGUGAGUAGGCGGGUGGGGAUUGCCCAGAUGUUAUAUCCUACCUUCUAGCUAUCCCUGAAGAGUCCAUUCCUUCAGGAGGCCCAUGAAGCCAGAAACAGUCUUUCAUGUUGAGUCCUAUUUCCCUGCCCAUAGUUUCUGGGGCCUGCCCCAUCCACGAAGACAGGGUCUACAACACCCACUUGGGACAGGGAUGGCCAUAUGGUAUCUGCCAGUCAUUUUGACCAUCAGCCCACUGCCCUGAGGCCUCACACGGCUCUCGAGAGUGGCGCACUGUUCCCAAACUCCCAAACUGUUCCAGGCCUGCCAAUCCCAGUAUUGUGUGAGGUGAUGCCACACCCAUGCAUGGAGGUGUCAGGUGUGGGUGUGCACGCGUACACGUGUUCUUGUGUGUCUAAUAAAUGUAUAUAGCUGGGAGAGGGAGUGGGGAUGGGGACUCAGGCCCCUGGCUGCCCCCCACCUCCCCAUCCCUCACUAGGGUCCACUGCCUUUUCGUGUGUCAUCUCUGGAGUUGAAGAAAAUGGGGGCUUCCACAGAGCAUCUUGCAUUGACUGCUGUGUAAUCUGUGGAAGUCCACCUUGGAAAGGAAUGGAUGUGGUGUGUGGAAGUAUGUAUGCUCACGUGU